GUUUAUAUUUCUGAAAAAUUUUAGUAAAAUGCAUUAAGCACAUAUGUAAUUAAGUAAAAGUACGGUACAUAGGUAACAUGUACACAAACGUUGUUUCUCUUAAACUAUAAAAUUGAAAAUCAUAAGUUUUAAAAUGUUGGAUAUCAAUUUGACUUGUCGUACUUGUAUGAAAGAAAAUGUAACUUUAAUUAAUUUGUAUGAAAAAGUGAAAGCAGAAGAAAAUAUUUCCAUGCAACUUAGUGAAAUGCUUCAGAAGUGUACAAAUACACGGAUGCAGGAAGGAGAUGGCCUCCCUCAAAAACUCUGUGACAAAUGUGUGAUGACAUUAAAAAUGAUUUACACAUUUCAAAAACAAGUAAUAAAAGCUGAAGAGGAGUUCAGAAAACUGUUAAGAAUUCAGCUCGAUGUGAAGCAUGAACUGCCCGAUGAUACUUACAGUUUAAAACUUGAGAAUGACCUUGAAUGUUACGCUACACAAAAUGAUUUUGGUUUAAAUAUAUUACCUAAAGAUGAAGACGGAGCAGACAAUAGUAACUUCAGCUUUUUAGAUAGUGAAUUUAAGGAUGAAUUUAAAAUACGAAAUUCUCCACCAAAAAAGAAAAAAAGGCAGACAUGUCUGCAUUGUCAGAAAGUAUUUUUCAAAAGGAAAGUAUAUGAAAAACAUAUUGGAGUAUGCAUAAAAAAAACAUUAGAUAUAAAGACUGAAAGUCAUUCUGAAAAUCAAGAAGUAUACCAGUGUCCGAACUGUGAUGUAUCAUAUUCGAAACACCGAUCUCUGGCCAUGCAUAUGAAGAAACAUAAAAACUCGAAUUUUCAGAGUUACAUCUGUAAUAUUUGUUCUAAAAGUUUUACAUAUAAACAUUUACUACGUAGACACAUGAAGAUUCAUGAACAAAAGAGGCAAUAUGAAUGUGGAGAGUGUCAUAAAUCAUUUGUAAGGAAAGACCAUUUGACUACCCAUGUAAUGAGUAAUCAUGGUGCUUUAAAACCUUACAUCUGUCCAAUAUGCAGAAAAGAUUUCCCUCAGCAGUGCAACUUAAAAGACCAUAUAAGAAUACAUACCGGUGAAACCCCAUUCUUGUGCUCGGAGUGCGGGAAGGGCUUUGCUAAUGUCUCUAAUCUACGGCAGCACGUGUUUCGUCACGCCGGAGUCAAACCAUUUACCUGCAACUCCUGUCCCAAAUCAUUCUGUACUAAAGGACAAUUGCAGUGUCACAUGUCAACCCACACGGGCCUGCGUCCUUACAAAUGUGAAGAGUGUGGCUCUGCGUUCACCAAGCCAGGCUCCUUGAAGAAACAUUUGAUAAUACACACUGGUAUAAAACCAUACGCCUGCGAAUCCUGCAACAGAAGGUUCACAUGCAAAGACCACCUGAAGCGGCACGAGCGCAUCCACACCGGGGAGAAGCCGUACCGCUGCACCAUGUGCGAGCGCGCCUUCACGCAGAGCAACGACCUGCUCAAGCACGUGCGCUCACACGUCGGACAGAACAUAUACCAGUGCACAAUUUGCGGGGACAAGUUCAGGUUGGCGAGAGAACUGAAACUGCACUAUCCAGUCCAUUUCGGAGGGCAUCAGCCCGAUGAUCAUCAGGGAAGCCAAUUGUCCGACCCAAAGGCGCAGGCAGCCGGAGAUAUCAGCGAAGUACCAAAGAAUGAUGACCCCGCCUACACAAUACUGAUACACAGUUGCAACCCCGGGGAUAUUAGCAUUAACGUCAACACCGACAAGAAUUAAACACAAAAUCAAACAAUCAAGAAAUUAUUUUUUGGGAAUUAUUUUUUCAUACAAUACGGAACUGAAACAAUUAACACAGUUUAUAAUCAGUCCAUGGAACAUGAACUUUGGAUACAGUGUAUUAGAACGAAGCCAACCGGAGACAACAGAGAAAAUCAGCCAUAGAAAA